AUGCAGUCUAGUGAGUAUGAAAGGAUGUCUUGCCAACUACAAGACAUUUACAACAAGGUCGCCCACGUUAAAAUGAAAGAGAAAAGAUGUACAGAUUCAGAUGGUACUUUGGGAUAUUUAGAUUGUUUGUCAAAGAGGGAUCCAAAUUUCUCCAUUCAAUAUCAAUGUGAUAUGGAUAACAGAUUAGGGAACCUAUUCUACACGGACGAAUAUUCUCGGCGGGACUUCGUCGCAUUCAGUGAGGUUAUUGGAUUGGACACGACAUAUAUGACAAACAAAUGUAAUGAAAACCUGACAAUUAUUUUGGGCGUCAAUCAUCAUUUCAAGACUUGCAUAUUUGGAAUGGCACUACUUAACUCUGAGGAUGAGCUAACUUACUUUUGGUUGCUUGAAAAAUUUAUUGAAUGCCACAAUCAUGUAACACUAAAAGUUGUGGUAACAGAUAGAGAUGGAGCUAUCAAAAAUAUUGUCUUGAAGUACUUCACAAAUGCAACUCAUCGGUUAUGCGUGUGGCACCUGUGUACCAAUGCUUUAAAAAUUUCAAACGACUCAUGA